CAAGGAACCGACCCAGAGAGUUGAAAAGAAAGAGUUUUUAAUGCGAAAUCGUUUCUAGGUCGAAUUGAAACUCUUUAGGGAGUGCGAGAGAUGCUGACAUGCAUAGCUUGUUCGAACACCAACAAUGGUGGAUCUAAGAAACAAGAAGAGGAUGAAGAAGACGACAGAGUUAUCGGAACUCCUAGGUCUAAGCAGGCGAUUAAGUCCCUGACGUCACAGAUUAAAGACAUGGCAGUCAAAGCAUCAGGUGCUUACAAAAGCUGCAAACCGUGUUCUGGGUCGUCAAACCAGAAUAAGAACCGAAACUACGCUGAUUCGGAUGCUGCUUCGAAUUCUGGGAGGUUUCGUUAUGCGUACAAGAGAGCGGGGAGUGGUAGCUCAACACCGAAAAUUUUGGGGAAGGAAAUGGAGUCAAGGUUGAAAGGGUUUUUGAGUGGAGAAGGAACACCUGAAUCCAUGAGUGGUAGGACAGAGUCCACAGUGUUCAUGGAGGAAGAAGAUGAGCUCAAGGAAUGGGUUGCUCAAGUGGAGCCUGGUGUCCUCAUCACAUUUGUAUCAUUGCCUGAGGGAGGGAAUGAUAUGAAGCGGAUUCGGUUCAGCCGUGAAAUGUUCGAUAAAUGGCAAGCUCAAAAGUGGUGGGCGGAGAAUUUCGACAAGGUCAUGGAAUUAUACAAUGUACAGCAGUUCAAUCAGCAGAGCGUCCCACUUCCAACUCCUCCUAGAUCUGAAGAUGGGAGCUCGCGAAUUCAGUCUACCAAGAACGGUCCUGCAACUCCACCUCUGAACAAAGAAGGCUCUCGAGGAAAAGGCUACUCUUCUUCUGGCUCAAUCGCUCACCAAGCAACAACCCAAACACAAAGUCGACACCAAGAUUCAUCUGGUCUUGCUACAACGCCAAAACUCUCAAGCAUAAGUGGGACCAAAACCGAGACAUCAUCUGUUGAUGAGUCUGCAAGAAGUAGCUUCUCAAGGGAAGAAGAAGAAGCAGAUCAUUCAGGGGAGCUCUCUGUAAGUAAUGCAAGUGACAUUGAAACAGAAUGGGUGGAACAGGAUGAAGCCGGUGUUUACAUCACAAUCAGAGCUUUACCAGAUGGGACUCGCGAGCUUAGGCGCGUUCGCUUCAGCCGAGAGAAGUUUGGGGAAACGAAUGCAAGAUUGUGGUGGGAGCAGAACAGAGCUCGGAUACAGCAACAAUACUUAACUAGCGGUAAUCGUGGGGUAGGACUCGAUGAUGAAUCGAAAAAGAUGAUUCAAUCGAUUAAGGAAAUUGUGGGUAAUCACUCCGAUGCUGAUAUUUACACUGCCUUAAAAGAAGCUAACAUGGACGCUGACGAGGCUGUGCAGAAGCUGAUUCAUCAAGAUCCAUUCCACGAGGUGAAGAGAAAAAGAGACAGGAAAAAAGAGGAUACAGUAUUUGUCGAGCCUGCAAACGUAAAGAAACCUCUUGAAAAUGUUUCCAGUGAAGUGAAAGUUCGUACACAGCCUGAACAUAAUGUUCGGAGAGGAGGCUACAGUAGGAAUUUCUUCCCCAGGAACGCUGCUCAACGAAAUGCAUCUCCUAGAAAUCCUGCUGCCGGAUCCAACAGAGAGUUUCGCGUUGUUAGGGACAACAGGUCUAAUGCAAAUGUCGAUGAAGAGUUGAAGCAUUCUUCUGCCCAGUCCUCUGGAUCAAAUAUUAACAAAGUGGUGGCCACUGUGAACACAAAGGGCACAAGAGGCGGUUUCGGAAAUCAUAGCUUCUCCGGGGCUCAAGAUUCUACUGACGAUUGUAAUGCUCCAGCAGAUGGCAGGCUCAGACAGGCUGAAAUUGCUCCUUUGCACCGUCCUAUCAGGAAAGAACUCCAUGGAGUUACUUUGCCAUCAACCAAUUCAGUUCUUGGUGUAUCGUCUUCCACAGAUCCAGUUCAUGUACCAUCUCCUGUUUCUAGAUCAUCACCCGUGGGAGCGAUUAAACGUGAAGUAAGGGGUGGAGGUUUAGGUGGAAAACCUUCUGAAAAUGUUGGUAAAGAUCCAUCUGUGCCCUCUUUUUCAGGGUCUUCUAUUAGAAAAAGUGGACCUCCAAAUGCACAUCGACCAUCACCAUCUUCUCCAACUUCAAAGAUUGAUCACAGUCGAACUACUGCACGAGAGUCUGUUAUGCCCAGUGGUGUGGAAAAGAAUAGGUCAUCUUUGAACAGACAGCGUGGGAAUAGAGGAAGCCAAUAUGCUAGAACACAACAACAAGUUGGUGGCCAUACAAAGGGAGCCUCACAGCACAAGGAGUGGAAGCCUAAAUCAAAUCAGAAACCUGUUGGACAUAACCCCGGAGUAAUUGGAACACCUACAAAGUCUCAAGCUCGUAGUCCUGCUGAUAAUUCCAAAAAUGUUGAAUCAGAUGCCGUUAAGGCACAAGAUAAGCUUCCGAAUGUUCAUAUAAGUGAAAGUCAGAAUGUCAUCAUCGCAGAUCAUAUUCGUGUCCCGGAAACUGACCGCUGUCAGCUUACUUUUGGUAGCUUUGUUCAAGAGGUUAAUUCUUCAAGGAAUUCAACAUCUGCUUUCCAAGAAUCAUGCUCUUCAGAAGAACUUAGAGAAUCUGAUCGUAGUUCGCCAGUUACUUGUCCUGAGGCUUCAACAGAUGGUCCGGGCGUUCAGCCUAUCAAUAUUAUUGAUGAUCAUGUCCGAGUUUCUGGAUCUGACUCACCCAUCUCGGCAGUAUCGGAGCCACAGUUGCCCGAACAGAAAGAAACUCAUAGAUCUGACGAUUUGGAUGAGUACUCGGGAAUUCAAUUACUCAAUAGGAAUGGUCCACCUUAUACUCCUUUAGAGUUCGAACAGCAGCAAGAUCUUCCCGAGUUGCAAAAAAUUUCUGCUUAUGACAACCAUGGUAGUUAUGAAUUUCCGUAUUUUAUUCCUGCAAUGGAUGAAACCGUACGAGUUCAAGGAUUACCAUCUCCACAGGAGCAGGGAUUAAGUACACACUUGGUAAAUAAUACCCCUCCAUCCACUAUUCCCAUGUUGCAGCAACAACAACAGGCAUCAAUGCAACAUAUGUAUCCGCAGGUCCAUGUUUCGCAUUUUCCCAAUCUCAUGCCUUAUCGUCAAUUCCUCUCCCCAGUCUAUGUUCCCCAAAUGCCCAUGCCAGGCUACUCAAAUAACCCAGCAGCAUACGCACACCCUUCAAAUGGCAAUAGCUAUGUGCUGAUGCCUGGAGGCGGUUCUCAUCUCGGUUCAAAUGGUGUCAAGUAUGGAAUCCAUCAGCAAUAUAAACCAGUUCCAACUGGUGGACCUACGGGUUUUGGGACUUACAACAAUCCUAAUGGGUAUCCAAUUAAUCCUCCCAAUGUAGUUGGAAACGCUACGGGACUUGAAGAUCCAUCUCGCAUGAAAUACAAAGAUGGAAAUAUUUACUUUCCAAAUCCUCAGGCUGAGACUUCUGAGAUUUGGAUGCAAAAUCCAAGAGAUCUUUCAAGCCUUCAGUCUCCAUAUUACAACGUAGCUGGACAAUCGCCUCAUGGCACUUAUUUAUCAUCCCAUACAGCACACCAAUCGUUCAACCCUGCUGCACAAUCAUCUCACAUGCAGUUCCAGGGUCUCUUCCACCCGCCACAGCCUGGUACAAUGGCGAAUCCGCACCACAUGGGACCUGGCCUUGGUGGUAAUGUUGGAGUCGGGGUUGUGCCCUCUCCUCCUCCGUCUCAAGUUGGUACCUAUCAACAAUCACAACUUGGUCAUCCGAAUUGGCCAGCAAACUUCUGAACAAAAUCUAACCUUUGUCUUCCUGUCUAAUGGAUUAUAUAAUAGCCAAAAGCAAAUAUUUUGAUUCUCCUUAUGAAACGCCCAAACUCUGUUUUAAAUUAAUCUUAUUUAUUCAAUGCAUAAAAUGUUCCCAGCUCUCAACAAUUUUCAAUAAAUCCUUUGUCUGCUU